CCUUUCGAUCAAGAGGGAGGAACGAACUCAUACUCGCAUAGUCAGUCAUAGGCCCCCUUCAUACAUAAAUGCCCCUGCGAAGAGAGUGGCGUAGAGCGAGCCACACCUCCUGCUAUGAGCUAACAGGCCGGUCCUUCAGAAGAUGUAAUUAAGGACAAAGUUUCUCUUCAACUACUCUAACGACGUACAGGUCCUACUAUCAAUGAUACUCAAGUCAUAAUCACUUCCUCUCCCAUCCAUUGUUGUAUCAAGCUGUCCUCAUAACUGUUUUGAGGCAAAACUAAAAAGCCCAAGACAAAGAGAUAUGAAGUUUGGGAAGGAGUUUGCAUCACAAAUGGUGCCAGAAUGGCAAUAUGCAUACAUGGAUUACAACUAUCUCAAGACUCUCCUCAAAGAGAUCAGACGCUUCAAGCAAAGAACUAAGCCUCCGGUAACCACUCCGGCCGGCCUAAAGCGGAAGCUGACCAUGUACAGAGCUUUCAGUGGCCUAAUACAUAGGCAUGUCAAGAGCCCCAAUGGCGGCCCCGGUGGAGACAUUGAGGAUCAGGUUAUACUAGUAAGAGCUAUGCAGAGUGAUCAGGGCUCAUCAUCUGAUCAUGUCAAUUACCAGUCAAACUUUCUCAUGUCGGCCGAGGAAGGUGGAGAGUACGAGCUGUUGUACUUCAGGAGGCUGGAUGAUGAGCUCAACAAGGUCAACAAGUUCUAUAGGGAUAAGGUUGAUGAGGUCCUUAAGGAGGCUGCCCAGUUGAAUAAGCAAAUGGAUGCUUUGAUUGCGUUUCGGAUUAAGGCUGAGAAUCCCAACAUCGAUGGCAUCGGUGACUUCGAGAACUUCGAUCGUAAUGUUGAGAUGUGCCACCUUGCUUCUGGUGUCGCUGCCUCCACUGCCGCAUUGAAUGCCUCUACUCCCUGCCGUGCUAAAUCCACUAAAGGGUACAUGGGCAUAAUAGAAGAAGUUGAACCGAGCAACAGAGAUGAUGCAGAAGGGUACAUGGACGUAAUAGAAGAAUUUUUAUUGAACAAUGGAGUGAAUUCUGGUGACACAAGUGCAGAUACAGAUGUCAAUGAGCACAAAGCUACCAACUCUAGUGUUUGUGAAGAGAGACCAGACAGCAUCAAGGGCUCUAGACCAACCCGUUUACAAAUCCUUAACCAUGUGAAGCUCAACAACACACUUGAGACUCCCCGCUCCACCAUUAAAGGCAUUCUAAAGAUCUCCAUGAACAGAGAGCUGAAUCCUAAGGACCUGAAUAAAGUUGAAAGACAACUGAAGCGAACAUUCAUCGAAUUCUAUCAGAAGCUUCGACUUCUUAAGAGCUACAGCUUUUUGAAUCUCUUGGCAUUCUCAAAGAUCAUGAAGAAAUAUGACAAGAUCACUUCAAGAAGUGCAGCGAGGGCUUACCUAAGCAUGGUUGAUGACUCCUAUCUUGGCAGCUCCGAUGAGGUCACUAGGCUCAUGGAGAGAGUGGAAGCUACCUUCAUCAAGCACUUCUCAAACUCAAACCACAGAAAAGGCAUAAACAUCCUAAGACCAAAAGAAAAGAGAGAAAGACAUAGAACAACAUUUUCCAUCGGCUUCUUAGCUGGUGGCACCACAGCUCUACUAGUGGCUCUUCUUUUGAUUAUACAUGCAAGACAUAUCCUGUACAAGGAAGGGAGUUCCCAAUACAUGGAAACCAUGUUUCCACUCUACAGCUUGUUUGGAUUUGUUGUCCUACACAUGGUCAUGUAUGGUAUGAAUAUAUACUUUUGGAGGCGCUACCGAGUCAAUCAUCCCUUCAUAUUUGGAGUAAAACAAGGAACUGAGUUGGGUUACCGAGAAGUCUUCCUCCUCAGCUCAUGUCUUGCAGUACUUGCAUUUGCCAGUGUGCUGGCAAACCUAGACAUGGAGAUGGAUCCGAUUACAAAAGAUUUCAAGGCGCUCACUGAACUAGUCCCUCUGGGAUUAGUUUGUCUAGUACUUGCCAUAACAUUUUGUCCAUUUGACAUUAUAUACCGUUCAAGUCGCUUCUUCCUACUCCGAUGUGCUCUACACUGUAUCAGUGCCCCUCUCUACAAGGUUACUCUUGCAGAUUUUUUCCUAGCAGACCAGCUAACUAGCCAGGUCCAAUCCUUCAGAAGUCUGGAGUUCUACAUCUGCUACUAUGGUUGGGGAGACUACAAAAUGAGAACAAACAACUGCAAAAAUUAUGAUGUCUACACUACUUUCUUUUAUAUAGUGGCUGUAGUUCCCUUUUGGUUCCGAUUCCUUCAGUGCAUCCGCCGGUGGUUAGAAGAGAAAGACCCAAUGCAAGGAUACAAUGGGCUAAAAUACUUCUCCAUCAUUUUAUCCAUUGUUAUGAGGACAGCUUAUAGUAUGAAUAAGGGAAUGCUUUGGCAGGUGUUUGCUGUGAUCACCUCCGCCAUUGCCGCAAUUGUGAGCACCUAUUGGGACCUUGUUUUUGACUGGGGGCUUCUACAACGUAACUCAAAGAAUCAAUGGUUGAGAGACAAGCUUCUUAUCUCUCAUAAAAGCAUAUAUUUCGGAGCCAUGAUCUUGGAUGUUAUACUCAGAUUUGCCUGGCUGCAAACUGUUUUGGACUUUAAAGUAUCUUUCCUACAUAGAGAAGCAAUGAUUGCGGUAGUGGCAAGUCUAGAGAUAAUUCGUCGUGGCAUUUGGAAUUUCUUCAGGUUGGAGAAUGAACACCUGAACAAUGUUGGGAAGUUUCGCGCCUUCAAGUCAGUACCUCUGCCAUUUAAUUGUGAUGAGGAUGAAGACGAAGAUGAAGACAAUUAAGGAUCAAGCUCAAUCCACAAAGACAUGAGCAUGCUAGAAAAACCAAUCCCUGCAGAAGAAUCAGACUAAAGCAGCUGCAGGAACUAACAUAAACCAACAGAAGACAUGACAAAGGACAUUCUACUUCCUGAUUAACAACUAAAGCCAGCACAAUGGAACUGAUUCAGUAGCGACAUAGCAGAAUUACAUUUUCUGUUGCGGUUGUCAUGGUGUCUUUCAUGUUUUCACAUAGAUUUCUGUAAAAAGAAAUGAUCUGAUUAUUUUAUUCUCCCAAUCUUCAUUUUUUCCUUUCGA